CUUUGCUUUGCAAAAGGAUCGGCGAGCGCCGCUUCUCUCUUGCUUGUCUCUGCAGCGAGCGUGUCUGGAAGCGAGCGUGUCUGUGGUUUUUUUUCCUCUUCUUCUCUCUUUCUCACCCUUCCCCCCGCUCAGUUCCCUUUUUGGUCCGCUCCCUACUUUGCCUCUAGAAACCAGCCUGGGGCCUUUGCUUGCAUUGCGUUAUUGGUUCGGGGAAGCGUCUUUCCAUCCCCUCGGCCGGUGGCUUUCAAAAAGGUGAUUGGAGGAUUUCUUUAGCUCCGCGUGGUGCGGGUUGGGGGUCGGAGAGGACCAGGUUGCGCGGUCUGCGCGGACGCGGGAAGCUUGUGCCAGCGCAAUAAAGGGAAGGGAGAGGAGAGCCUAGCGACGGCUCAGGCAUGAUCCGAAUCCACCUCUUGGAAGGAAAGGCAUUUGUGUGGAACUACGCAGAUGUGCGGCGGAUCCGAGAGGAACAUUGCAUUGUCGGCGUGCUGGUGGGCGCAUUGCCUCGGAAGCCACGGCAGAACGUGAGGCUUGGGCUGCCCUUGGAAUUGCUCCCUGAAGAGGCUCGGCUGUUAUUGGACAAGGGUUUGGCAAUCCUGGUUAGGAGCCCAACAUCUCAGUCCCUUGGCCAUGGGAAGAACCAGGACGCCUUAUUCUCAGAGAAAGUGAAUGCCUACGAGAAAGAGCUAGAGGAGAACUACCAGGAGCAGCUGAGGCUCUCUGCAGAACAGAAGAAAACCAUGAUGGAGUCCCUUGCAGACCAUAUAAGCCAGGGCCGAGCAAAGAAACGGCAACGGAAAGGAGGAGAUCUCCUUGCAGAGCCUGCAGAGUCUGGUUCCUGUUUUGUAUUUCCCCGAGAAUCAAUGGUGAUCCAACUCCCCACUGCACGGAGUCAGAUAACUCAAGAAGAAACAGUAGACUGGCAUGUGGCCUCCCAGCUCUGGCCUUAUGCUGGACAAGAGCUUCAUGAAAUGCGCUACCUCAUUUUCCGGGACCUUUGGGAACGAGGUUAUUAUGUCACAACUGGGAGCAAAUUUGGAGGUGACUUCCUCGUUUAUCCAGGCGAUCCCAUGAGGUUCCAUGCCCAUUACAUCGCGCUCUGUUUUUCCAAAGAUACCCCCAUCUCUCUCUAUGACAUCAUCAGUGCUGGACGCCUUGGCACCAACGUCAAGAAGACCGUCCUGCUCUGUUCAGUGGAACAAGAAGGGACUGUAGCAUAUACAUCCCUACAAUGGAGUGGGAUGCAGUGAGAACAGGGAGAAAAGGCUUGGAUCCUAGGAUUGGCAUUUUCAACAGUGGUGAUGUCUGGAAUUGUUAGGAUGUGCUUGGACUGUUUUUUGUCAGGACAGCCUGACCUACCCAAUUAUGGGACGAAGCAUACUGCUUCCGUUUUCACCUUUCAGCCCCAAUGAAGGAACUGUCACAGGCAGUCGCUUUCACAACAAACUAUUUGUGUUGGUAAAACAAAAAUUCAGUAUGCUUGGA